CGGGGAGUGGGGAGGAGGCAGCGGUGGAGGGAGCUGGCUCCUGCAGUUCUGGCGCUGCUGCCUUCCUGAGUGAGCGGUGGAGGGAACCCUAGAGGACAGAGCCCCCAGCCCGGCAGCAGGCCCCCUCUCCGCCCGCCACCACGGAGGAGAAGGAGGACAGCCAGCCCCUCCGGCCCUGGCCUGGCCCAGCGGGGGCAGUAAGCUCCUACUUGCCCCCAGCUUGGUGCCCACACGGGCCCAGUGCAUGAGCAGCCGAGCCUGCUAACCGCAGCUCCGCACUUGUCCAUCCCCCUGCGGCUACACCAUGUCCAGCUCCUACGAUGAGGCCUCACUGGCGCCAGAGGAGACCACCGACAGCUUCUGGGAGGUGGGGAACUACAAGCGGACCGUGAAGCGCAUCGAUGACGGCCACCGUCUAUGCAACGACCUGAUGAACUGCGUGCAGGAGCGCGCCAAGAUCGAGAAGGCGUACGGGCAGCAGCUCACCGACUGGGCCAAGCGUUGGCGCCAGCUCAUCGAGAAAGGCCCACAGUAUGGCAGCCUGGAGCGGGCAUGGGGUGCCAUAAUGACAGAGGCAGACAAGGUGAGCGAGCUGCACCAGGAAGUGAAGAACAAUCUGCUGAAUGAGGACCUGGAGAAGGUGAAGAACUGGCAGAAGGACGCCUAUCACAAGCAGAUCAUGGGUGGCUUCAAGGAGACGAAGGAGGCUGAAGAUGGCUUCCGCAAGGCCCAGAAGCCUUGGGCCAAGAAGAUGAAGGAGCUGGAGGCAGCCAAGAAGGCCUACCAUUUGGCUUGCAAAGAGGAAAAGCUGGCCAUGACACGGGAGAUGAACAGCAAGACGGAGCAAUCGGUCACACCUGAGCAGCAAAAGAAGCUGCAGGACAAAGUGGACAAGUGCAAGCAGGAUGUGCAGAAGACACAGGAGAAGUAUGAGAAAGUGCUGGAAGAUGUGGGCAAGACCACACCCCAGUACAUGGAGAACAUGGAGCAGGUGUUUGAGCAAUGCCAGCAAUUUGAGGAAAAGCGGCUGGUCUUCCUCAAGGAGGUGCUGCUGGACAUCAAACGGCACCUCAACCUGGCUGAGAACAGCAGCUACAUCCAUGUGUACCGUGAGCUGGAGCAGGCCAUCCGGGGGGCUGAUGCCCAGGAAGACCUCAGAUGGUUCCGCAGCACCAGUGGCCCCGGCAUGCCCAUGAACUGGCCCCAGUUUGAGGAGUGGAACCCAGACCUUCCUCACACCACCACCAAGAAGGAGAAACAGCCUAAGAAGGCAGAGGGAGUGGCCCUGACCAAUGCCACUGGGGCAGUAGAGUCCACAUCCCAGGCUGGGGACCGCGGCAGUGUUAGCAGCUACGACAGAGGCCAGCCCUACGCCACCGAGUGGUCAGACGACGAGAGUGGGAACCCCUUUGGGGGCAGUGAGACCAACGGGGGCGCCAACCCCUUUGAGGACGACUCCAAGGGAGUGCGCGUGCGGGCACUCUACGACUAUGACGGCCAGGAGCAGGACGAGCUCAGCUUUAAGGCCGGAGACGAACUCACCAAGCUGGGCGAGGAGGAUGAGCAGGGCUGGUGCCGUGGGCGGCUGGACAGCGGGCAGCUGGGCCUCUACCCUGCCAACUACGUGGAGGCUAUCUAGAGGCCCCCUCCCUCCAUACUCCCGUCACUCCUCCCCACUGCCUCCCUUCCCCUCCCACUCUCGUCUCCUUCCCCUCGCCAUAGAGUUCCAGACAUAUUUUCCGAUCAAGCUUUUAUUUUUUUAAAAGUCAAAACAGAACAAAACAAAGUAUGCAGAGACAGAGCAUUUGCAGGGCCACCUGGAGGCUGGGGUGCUGGGGCUUGGGGUGGCCCCAGGGUAGGUAACAGUCUUAGGACUUAGCCCAACAUCACAACAUCUGCUCUUCGGGUUCCACCAAAGAGUCUCCUGAGCCCUGAGGGAUGGAUGUCUCCUGACCCUUCCACCCUGCCUCACUCCCUCCGUCCCACUCCACUCCAGGCUGCCGGCACCUGCCCCAUUCCCUGGCCUGGUUUCCUAACCUCUUCUUCCUCCCCUGCCCUGCUUCCCUUCCUCCACCACCCUGCUCUCAAAGGCCUCCUCUCCAGACCCCUGGAAGGGAGGCUUCCCCAUCUUUAGUCUUCCACUCUGCCCCGGGGAGCACCCUUCUACUCCUAGCCACGUCCCUUGGGACCGGUGGGACUGGAGGAGGAACGGUCACCCUCCUCCCCCAUGGAGGUUUCCAGGGGUCCCCCAGACAUGAAAGAGGGGUGAGCUGGAGGAAGUCAUGGUGUCACUGGGGUACAGAAGGGUGAAUGAAGGGCAUGCAGGCCCUCAGCCCGGGCUGUGCCAGCCCUCCCAGCCCCAGGCCCAUCUGAGGGACCAAGACGCUGUUAUGCAGGCCCUUCUUUCCAGCUAUCAGCACUUUGAGCAUCGGCUCUUCAGCAGAUCCAAACCCCCUCAGCAACUUGCAGAGGACCUGUCCCCUCUCAAAAGUCCCCUGGCCUAGGGUGGGGACCCCCAAACCUACGGCAAAGCCAGCAACAGUAGCAGCCUCCUCCCAUUUGCUGGGGAGGAGGUCAUCUUGUUCCCCUGGCCCCCCCACUCUCCCUCCAUGUCCAUCCAAAAACCAUAAAAUCACUGGGUUCCACAUCAGCCUCCAUGAGGCCAAGCCUUGUACCUGCAAGGCUCUUGGCCUAACCAUUCCUCUGUCCUCUUCUCUGGCCUGCCUGGGGAGCCCAUGAAGGCCACAUGGGUGCCUCCAGCCUGAGACAUCAGGGGAGAGCCUGCAGCUGAGUUCGGCAGAAAGGAGGAAUCCUGGCCCUCAGGAAGAAGAUAGUCACAUGUUUUUCUUCCUUGUCCCCACGGCCCCCAGAACAACAUUCUCCCUGCUGGCAGCCCUUCCAUGUCUCCAAACCUGGGUCAGAGUGAAAGGACCUUUGGGGGUGGGUGGGAGCAAAGGGCCCACCUGCUGGUUGGUGAAAGCAGUGGUGCCGGAGUGCUAGGUACCGCACGAGAGGGUGCGGGGGCUUGGGAAGCAGACCAGGGUUGGACAAAACCCCAUGAGGGCGGGGAGCUGGAAGAAAAGUCUCUUGGGGACUUCUGGGGCAAGGAGCUGAGAAGUCCUGCAGCACCAGGUGAGACUUGCUUACAGUGGAUGCCGCUUCUAGGCCUCUGGACCGCAGAUGCCCUCCUCCCUCCUGCACACCUGGCCUCCUGGGCCUCCAGGUAAAGAGAGAGAGCCAGCCCAGCCCUGUUUCCCCUCAGUCCUCCUUUGCUCCUGCUGCUUCUCCCAACAGCCCACUGUUAGGAGGUAGUAGACCCCAGCCUCAAGGCUCUGACCUUCUUCAUGUGGGCACGGAGGGUCCUGACACUCUGGCAGGGCCUGAGCUGGGGCAGGCCUCCCUCAGGGCCAGGGGCGAUGGCACCCCGGGGACAGGCAGACCUCCUUCCUGCCGUCAGCACCCCCUUCCUUAUCACUGUCUGGUCUCCGAGCUUCGGCUGCAGCCUGAGGUGUGUCCUGGGCUCCUCAGAGCCUGAAGCAAGCUUUUGGAAGCCUGCAGUCCUCCCAGCUCCAGUGCAGAAGCCUCUCUCUCCAGCCUUUCCCCAGGCAGGAGUUGGGGUUGGGGGCCUCUGUCCCUCAUCGCUUACCUUGGAAAGGUGGGAAGCUGGCAAUCUGCACCUUGGGGCCUGGGCUCCCCCUCUCUGUGCCAGCAGCUUCCCAGCACCUGGGGAGGGGCUGCAGCCCCAGCUGGACUCCAGCCUGUCCCUCUUAGCACUCUAGCUGCCCACUCCAGGGCAGGGACUCGAAACCCCCUCCGUCCUGAGCAGCCACCUCCAGGGCCCUGUUUGGGACCACUCUCUCAGUCCCCAGGUCCUCAGGGCCCCAGAGCGGGAGGGUCUCCUACCUGGAAGUCCCCCUGAGCUCCAGGGCCCAGCCCUACCUGCCAGUGCUGGUGUCAGGGCACUCAACACCGAGUGUGGGGGCCACGCCCCUUGCCAUGCACACGGCCUCCUCCUGUAGCCCCUGCCCGCACCCUCGAUGCUGCACGGGCCCGCCCUGGUGGGGCUCGGCGAGUAAUGUGUUUUGUCCCCAGUUAACCACCAUUCUGCGGCCUGGUUCUGCAAGGAACCAGGGCUGCCCCACCGCCCGCCGUCUGCCGCCCUAGGCUUCCUGACUCCAUUAGUUCCGACACUUGUGAAACUCCGAGAAGUGCUGUGGUCUCAGCAAUGCACCUGUUUUGUACAUGAUUGUGUAAUUUAAAGGUAUAUAAAUACAAAUAUAUAUAUAUAUCAGUUGUGAUUGUAUGACUGUGGAUAAAAUCCAGAACUGUGUCAA